AUGUAUAUUUAUGUUUUGAAGUUGAUUCUUACGGGCAUUUCUUUAAUAAAGCAAAGACAAAAACUUCUUACAAUUCCAUGGAACCUGUUUUUAAUCAGGACUUUGUUAUUGAUUUAGAAGGUUCUCAAACUUUAAGAAUUCUGUGCUAUGAAAACACACCACAGGGACCAAUAUUAAGAGGAAAAGGUGCCUUAGAGCUUAGUCAAACUUGGUUAACUGAUAAAAUACAAGAAAAAUCUGUUAGUUUACAGGAGCUAAUGCUCACUGUUGGUCUCAAGUAUGAACCUCCAGAAUUAUCUCUGAGAAGAAUUCCAUCUUCAAAGUCUGGUGGAGUUUUCGGUGUAAAAAUUCAACAAGUCUGCAAGAAAGAAAAGUCUACUAUUCCAUUUAUUAUGAUCAGUUGUAUUAGGGAGGUGGAAAAACGUGGAAUUCACGAAAUUGGUAUCUACAGAGUUUCGGGUUCUGCCUCUGAUGUUCAAAGGCUAAAAAAAAGUUUUGAAACAAAUGUUUAUGAAGCAGAACAGCUUUUAAAAGAGGUUGAUAUUCACUCAGUAACAGGAAUGUUUAAAAUGUAUCUCCGAGAGUUACCUGAAGCUCUUUUUACUGAUGCAUCUUACCAAAAAUUCUUCCGUGCUUUUAGCAUUAGCAAUCAAGAAGAAAAAAAUAAACAACUUUUACAGUUGUUUGAAGAACUUCCAGAAAUUAAUCAAGGAAUUAUUACUUUCUUGUUAGAUCACCUUGUUAGAAUCCACCAAAGUGAAGCUACAAAUAAGAUGUCUUUGCACAAUUUGGCUACUGUGUUUGGACCAACACUUUUGAGGCCUGGAAGUCGGAGCUCCAGUUCUUCACCUUCAGAUCUCUUGACUGCUGGUACUGUGGAUGUGAUGGCUCAGGCUGGAAUUUUUUAUUUCUUUCUAAAGCGGCAUGCCGCUGGAUUGCAGCUCAAAGCAGAUUCGCAAGAAUAAAAGUCUAGCCUUUGAUACAUUAUUUAUAUACACACACAUAUUAUCAUUAGGUUUUUCAAUUUGAACUUAUUUUUGUAUUAUAUAUUCAUUUUUAGAACAACUUUAUAUUGUCUAAUAUUAUAUUACUUGUGUUCUACCUUGCAAACUUACAUAAAAAAUAAAUGCAUAUACUUUAAUAUUAAGGGCUCACAGAAGUAAGCUACAAACAGUACAAAGAUACUCUUUAUCAUUGUGGUACUCUUUUAAAGAUCACAAAAUAUUACAGUACUGUUUUAAGGGUUGUGUUUUUUGAUAAACUAUGGUGUUUAUCAAAAUGUUGUUUUUGCAUUUUAAUUGAGAAGUAUUUUAUUUAUUGUAAAGUUACAGGUAACAUGUCUAAUUUUACUGUAACUGACUGAAAUGUUGCAUAGCUAAUAUGAGCAGUGCUUUAUGACAUGAAACUAUUUUAGAAUGCAUUAAUCACAGUGGACUAAGCCAUACCAUUUUGCAUUGAGUCCGAGUCUAUCAGAAAAUAAAUCAAUAUUCUUUAAACGAACAUUGUUAAUAUUUUUAGCUCCAUCCAUCCGCCUCCUUUCUUUUCAAAACUUGAAAAAUACACCUUGCACAAAAAAAAGGGGAUAGUUCUAUAUCUCUCGUUCUUCUGGAUUGAUUGUCGAAAUUUAACUUAUGUUUUUCAUGUCUUGAAAACACGAAAUAGG